CAGUUAUACAAGUAUCCUCGGAUCUCGUGAUUCUUCCUCAUCACUUCCACUGCAAGCCAGAAAGAGAAAGAGCGAUCGAGCUCCGGCGGUGAUUCUUCUUCCCAUAUCUGCCUCUCGUUCUCCGCCUUCGAUCGAAGAGAUCGCCGUGAGGAUAUCCCCAUGGCCAUGGCUGUUGUGACUGCAUCACACUUCAUUGCUAAAACCCCAUGGUCCAGCUACAAUGGAGCUAGUGAUUUGGAGGGUUCGGCCUUCCAAAUCAGAAGGAUCCCUUAUCUGAGUAGCCAUGCCAAUACUUUUGAAGGACUGAGAUCCUGGAACCAAAUGAAUUCACGUCCAAUGCAGUCUACUAGGCAAGUGAGGAAGGGAAUCCAGCAUGCUAACCCAAGACUCUCUGUAAUCUGUGCAAGUGGAAUGAACUUGAUCUUUGUUGGUGCUGAGGUAGCUCCGUGGAGUAAAACUGGAGGGCUUGGUGAUGUUCUUGGAGGAUUGCCACCAGCCAUGGCGGCAAAUGGACACAGGGUGAUGACUAUAGCACCGCGAUAUGACCAAUACAAAGAUGGAUGGGAUACAUCUGUCUCAGUCGAGUUGAAAGUUGGUGAUAGAAUUGAGACUGUUCGCUUCUUCCACAGCUACAAAAGGGGAGUUGAUCGGGUGUUUGUGGAUCACCCUCUCUUCCUUGAGAAGGUUUGGGGAAAAACUGGAGGAAAGAUAUAUGGUCCUGUCACAGGAACUGAUUAUGAAGACAACCAGCUAAGAUUCUGUCUUCUGUGUCUGGCAGCUCUGGAAGCUCCAAGGGUUCUGAAUCUCAACAAUAGCAAAUAUCAUUCUGGACCAUAUGGCGAGGAUGUUGUUUUUGUUGCUAAUGAUUGGCAUACUUCUCUAUUACCUUGCUAUUUAAAGACCAUGUAUCAAGCCCAUGGAAUAUACAAAAAUGCUAAAGUUGCUUUCUGCAUUCAUAACAUUGCGUAUCAGGGACGGUUUGCCUUUGAAGAUUUUUCACGGCUCAAUCUCCCUGGUACAUUCAAGUCUUCUUUUGAUUUCAUCGAUGGCUAUGACAAACCAACAAAAGGAAGGAAAAUCAACUGGAUGAAGGCUGGAAUUAUAGAAUCAAAUCGUGUAUUGACUGUGAGCCCUUACUAUGCCAAGGAACUCGUCUCAGGGAUUGAUAAGGGCGUCGAGUUGGACAAUAUACUGCGUUUGAAAACCAUCUGUGGCAUCGUAAAUGGAAUGGACAUCAACGAGUGGAAUCCCUCAACCGACAAAUACAUAACAGCAAAUUAUGAUGCAACCACUGUAAUGGAGGCAAAGCCACUCAACAAGGAAGCUUUGCAAGCUGAGGUUGGACUACCCGUCAACAGUAAAAUUCCUGUGAUAGCUUUCAUCGGAAGACUAGAAGAACAAAAGGGUUCAGACAUUCUAGCUGAAGCGAUUCCAAAGUUCAUCGAUCAGGAUGUUCAAGUGAUAGUUCUUGGUACCGGUAAAAAGAAGUUAGAGCGCCAACUUGCAUUGCUCGAGGACAAGUUCCCAGACAAAUUCAGAGCCCAUAUGAAGUUCAACGUUCCUUUGGCUCAUGGAAUCAUGGCGGGUGCUGAUAUCCUUAUUAUUCCGAGUAGGUUCGAGCCAUGUGGUCUCAUUCAGCUCCAGGGCAUGAGAUACGGAAUCCCUUCCAUGUGCACCACGACUGGUGGACUUGUCGACACUGUCAAAGAAGGCAUCACAGGUUUCCACAUGGGUCCCUUCAGUGUGGAGUGCGACUUCGUCGACAAGGCCGACGUGCUAAAGAUUGUGGAAACAGUGAAGAGAGCCCUUAUGGUUUAUGGAACGCCUGCUUUCGAGGAGAUGAUACAGAACUGCAUGGCUCAAGAUCACUCCUGGAAGGGGCCAGCAAAGGAAUGGGAGAAGUUCUUGCUGAGCCUUGGGCUUGAGGGUGGUGAAGCUGGAAUUGAAGGCGAGGAAAUAGCUCCUCUCGCAAUGGAAAACGUGGCCACUCCAUGAAACUGAUCGAGGUGUGUUUCUCAUUGCAUUUUCACAAUGAAUGGUUUGUAAAAUAGUAGAGAUAUAUCAUCUAUCACUGCAACGUGCUCUAAUUUAGUUUUGUGAGAUAAGCAGUGUAAUCUAAGACCGCUUGUUGGCAUAAUGCAAUGUUAUCUGUUCUAAUUUA